UUUUUUUUUUUUUUUUUUUUUCUGUAUGACAGAGCCCUGGACUUGCUUUGUAGACCAAGCUGGCCUCAAACUCACAGAGAUCUAUCUCUCUCUGCCUCCGGAGUGUUGGUGUUAAAGCUAUGUGCCAUUCAACCAGCUUCAACAUUAGGCUUUUAAAGGUAUAAAAGCUCAAAUGCAUACCUCUAUGCCUCCAAGGCACCAUCAGAUCUACGUGGAAGAGGUGCAGAAAGAUCAGAAAUUGGAGAUGGCUGCAGGGCCCAGCCCAGGUCCAACUUGGCAUCCCUCCUGCAGAUCACCUUGCACCUCCUUGGCCUCUGCGCCUCUCUCUAGAUACAAAGUUCCAUCACCAGCUUCAGGUGGGUGGCUCUGGACUCUAAAACUCCUAUCUGUAGCCAAGGCCACUUUCUGUCAUGUUCUUUCUUCACCUGGCUCACACUAAUCCCAAACCCCAAUAUUUUCUCAGAUGCCCAGGGUCUCACUCACCCCUAAAUGGCCUGGUUGUUUUCUGGCAGCCCCACCUACAGGCUGGUCUCUGGAACCUAUCCAUUCCUUCUGGUUAGGCGGAUACUAAAGUAGUGAAGAGUUUUAUUUACUGUGCUCACAUUCUGUCUCCUCCGUCUACUUCCCUAGAUCUGGGCCCGGCAGGAAGUUGUGAGGGAAUGAGUACAGUGCUUGAGGAAUGAAUGUUAAUUACACUAAUGGGUCAGACCCUGGCUUUUUCUACUUGAGCCCUAAUUUUGCCUGAGAAAGUGUUUUGGUUUGUUUUGAUUUCUUUUCUUUUCUUUUCUUUUCUUUUUUUUUUUUUUGGAGCUGGGGACCGAACCCAGGGCCUUGCACGAUUUUUUUUUUUCUAAAUAGGAGGUUUUCUAUGUAGCUUAGGCUGACCUAGAACUCAGUAUGUAGACCAGGCUAACUAAACUCACAGUUAUCCAAUCUACCCUAGUGAUGGCAAUAAAGGUGUGCACAGCCUUUAUCCACAGCCCAAGAAAGCGCUCUCUCUCUCUCUCUCUCUCUCUCUCUCUCUCUCUGUGUGUGUGUGUGUGUGUGUGUGUGUGUGUGUGUGUGGUUAUGUGCAGUUGAAUGCAGGUGACUGCAGAAGCCAGAAGAGGGCGUUAGGUCUCUUAAAGCUGGAGUCAUAGGCAAUUGUGAGCUGCCCUGUGUGGAUGCAAAGAGCUGAACUCAGUCUCUUAACUAAUGAACCUCCAGACUCUAGUCUGAGAAAUUUUUACAUGACCCUGUGCUUAUAGGUGUAUAAUAUGGACAUAGAAAUCUAAUAUUUCCUGAUAAUGUAAAGAGGAUUUAAAAACAAUUCUUUUGUACAGAUAUAAUUGUAUCACUUAUUAGAAACAAAAGCAAACUUGCAUACUAAUAACCCGGGUGUACUUGUUUUGUUGUUGUUAUUUGUUUUUUUGUUCGUUUUUUUUGAUCCGUGUAGCCCUGAAUGUCUUGAAGUUUACUCUGUAUGUAGCUCAUGCUGGCCUUGAACUCACAGAGAGCCAUCCGCCUCUGCCUCUGGAAUGCUGAGAUUAAAGGAAUGCGCCACCACCGUCUGGCAGGAGAAACUUUUUAUGUACAGCCACGGUCUUGGAAUUCAUAAUAUAUUGUCCCCGAAUAGACUCUGAGACAGUGCUCUUUAGCAUUGCAGAGCAUGAUGUGUGCAGUUCAAAUGACGCACUCUACGUUCCCAAAGCUGCACGAAUUUAUUUGUUUGUUUUUGUCUUUGAGACAGAGUCUGUGUAGUUAGGCCUGCUUGUUCUGGAUGUGAGUCUGCUAUGUAGACCAGGCUGGUCUUAAAUUCACAGAAUUCCUCCUCCGGAGUGCUGAGAUUAAAGGCCCACGCCACCACGAGUUUUGAAUGCAAAUUUUGGAUAUCAUGGACCCUCGGGGUCCAGCCCCUCAGCCUUUCCAGCAGCUUGAGAAACCUGGUCGAAUUCGCCGUCGCAAGACCAGGAGGGAGCGAAAUAAGGCCCUGGUGAGCAGCCACAGGCCAUUGGCCCGUCAGGAUCCUCCCAUAUCCAGCCGGGAUCCAUGUGUGAUCUUCCAGGAACCUGCAACCUCCACAGCCCCCAAGCUCGUUGUGAUAACUCAGGGCAGGUUGAGCCGGGAGCACAGGGGUCUCUUCAACCAUGAGGUGAAGUCCCUGGAUGUGGCCCGGCUGCUUAACAGGGGCUCCUUGGAAUCAUGUACCCCUCUGCUACCAACCAAGUCCUCCUGCAGCCCAGUCAGAGUUCAAGAACCAGACCUUCAGUCAAAAGGCAAGGAGAACAAGGUACCAGGAGGCUCAGGCCCAGGCCCACCAAAUUCCCCAGAUCUCCCUGUGUUGGGGCAACUGCUGGAGGAGCUGCAGUGCCAGCUGGUUGUGCCACAAGCCUUCCCCAGGAGGAACCUAGUGCAGGAGGCCAGAGAUACCAUCAUAAGAACCUUACAGGGCUGCCAUGGCUGUGUGCCUGAUCUUGCCCUGGUGCUCCGAGGUUGCCAGCUACCCUUGCCUGAAGCCAAGCGGAGGGCCCCUGAGAGACAGAGGAUGGCACCUUCUUGUAUCAACGCUCCUGAGCAUGCUCCACGGGAGGGGAGGCAAAGGACUCAGCAGGCAACAAAGGGGUGCAACUUUGCCCUGCCGCACACUUGCAGCAGCAUCACCCCUGCACACAGGGUCAGCCAGGUGCAGCCUCCAGAUCGACAACUGCCAUUCCUGUCCUCAGCAUCUUCACCAUCUGGAGCAGCUUGGGGUCCUCCAACAGCUUUUGAUAUGCUGAAAAGCAUCUGGCUCAUAGCCACACCACCCCCUCCCCAGCCCUGGGAUGUCUGCCCACCUCAGCCCCUACCUCAGCCAUCCUUACCCUUGUUACCCAGAACAUCUGCCUUGGACUGGAGCCCCAAUCCUCCUGCCCCACUGCCCAGUCUCUCCUGGGUGGUGACUCAGAGCAGUCCAGAGGCUUGGUCCUUCCCCCCAAUGAGACUGUACUGAGGAGAUUAGGUAGGGCUGGGGGCAGGUAUCCCACACUCCCAGUCACCUCAAUAAAACACCUUCUUGGUCCUCUUGA